AGAGAGCAGCGGGAGGCGAUGCCGGCCCCGCAGCGCUGCGCCCGCUGAGUGCCGGGGGUCCGGGGGGGGUCCGGGGGGGCUCCGUGCGCCCCGCGCCAUGCGCGCGCUCAGCCUCGUGGCGUUGGCAGCGCUGUGCACAGCCGCAUCCCAGCGUAGGGCGCUGGACGUGGGCAGCCGCCGGCGUUGGCACCGCGUGCAGCACGGGCACUGCAGCUACACCUUCGUGCUGCCCGAGGCCGAGCCGUCGCCGUGCCCGCUCGCAGCCCCCGGUCCCGUUAACGCGCUGCAGCGGGAUUCGCCGUCCGGCAACGGGCACGCUGCCCGCGGGGCUGCCCAGCGCCUGCAGCACCUGGAGAGGAUCCUGGAGAACAGCACGCAGUGGCUGCUGAAGCUGGAGAGCUCCAUCCAGAGCAGCAUGAAGCCGGAGAUGGCGCGGCUGCGGCAGACGGCGGUGCAGAACCACACGGCCACCAUGCUGGAGAUCGGCAGCUCCCUGCUGAACCGCAGCGCUGAGCAGAGCCGCAAGCUCACCGACGUGGAGGCGCAGGUGCUGAACCAGACGUCACGCAUCGAGAUGCAGCUGCUGGAGAACUCCCUGUCCACCACCAAGCUGGAGAAGCAGCUGCUGGUGCAGACAAACGAGAUCCACCAGCUGCAGAGCAGGAACAACAUCCUGGAGGUGCGGGUGCUGGAUAUGGAGGCGAAGCACCAGGCGGAGCUGGCGGGGAUCCGCUCAGAGAAGGAGAGGCUGCAGCACCUGGUGAGCCGGCAGAGCGGCACCAUCCAGGAGCUGGAGAAGUCUCUGCUGGCGGCCAAUGCAAACGCCAGCCUGCUGCAGCGACAGCAGCUGCAGCUCCUGGAGUCGGUGCAGAGCCUGGUGCGCCUCGUGGCAGAGGGUAGAGCCCUGCUGCCUGCUGAGGAGCAGCGCUUCCAGGACUGCACCGAGGUGCUCCGGGCCGGCAGCCGUGCCAGCGGGGUGUACACCCUGCACAUCACCAACCUGAGCGAGCCCAGGAAGGCGUUCUGCGACAUGGAGACAGACGGCGGCGGCUGGACGGUCAUCCAGCUCCGCACCAACGGCAGCGUCAGCUUCCAGCGGGGCUGGAGGGAGUACAAGCAGGGCUUUGGGGACGCGGCGGGGGAGCACUGGCUGGGCAAUGAAGCUGUGCACCUCCUGACGAGCCGGGAACCCUACGUGCUGCGCGUGGAGCUGCGGGACUGGGAGGGCAGCCAGGUCUAUGCCCACUAUGGGAGGUUCCAGCUGGACAGCGAGCGGCAGCUCUACAGGCUCUCACUGCAGGACUACAGCGGCACGGCCGGGCAGCAGAGCGGCUUGGCCAUGCAAGGCACCAACUUCAGCACCCGCGAUGCUGACAACGACAACUGCCUCUGCAAGUGUGCCCAGAUGCUGUCAGGAGGGUGGUGGUUCGACGCCUGCGGGCUCUCCAACCUGAAUGGCAUCUACUACCCGGCGCGGCACAACAUCCGCAAGCUGAACGGCAUCCGCUGGCACUACUUCCAGGGGCCCAGCUACUCGCUGAAGGGCACCCGCAUGCUGAUACGGCCCGCGGGCUUUUAGCCAUCCGGAGCGGUGCAGCGGGAGGACGGAGCCCCUGCAGAGCUUUCCCCCCUUAUUUCCCUCUUGCUCUUGUUUCUCUCAGAUCUCGGCGCUGACACUGAGCCAGCCCCACCCCUGCAAGCUGCAGCGCGUGGAUCCCGUUCCCUCCUGGUUUCUCCCUAUUUCCCCCAUGUCUGCAGGGCUCCGGGCUCCACGCUGUGCCGGGGUGUGCGUCUGGGACCACCAGACCUCCUGCACGAGUCACGCGGGGGCAGACAGACCACAUUUUGCCUUUUCUAUACAUUUUAGGGCACUGCUCUAAAUUCCCCAUUGCUUUGCUUUUCCUGCAGGAUGAGCAGAACCGGUGCGUGAGCGCAUGGCAUCUCUCCUCCCUGCACGGUCAUUAAGGGGGACACAGCUGUCCCCUCCCACACACACUCUCCCCAUGCAAGGGGACCACUGGCUGUGCACAUCCUGAUGGGACAGGGACAGCAUGAGGGGACGGAGGUGCCAGCAGAGGCGCGGGGCAGCUGGCCCCUGUGCAGUGCCCAAUAGCUCUGGGGUUGGGUGCCAGAACACAGGGGUGGUGGGGAUGGGGGCGGCACAUGGUGAUGGGGCUGUGGUUUGAGGUGGGGCACAGAGAGCUGAGGAUGAUGGAGGGAGCUUGGAGCUGGGGACGCAGGUGCUGGUGGGGCUGACAGCCCACUUGGUUUAUGGGCGUGGAGAAUCCAGACUUGGAGGCACGUUUGGUGACAGCCUGAAGAAUGCGGGACAAAACUCAGCAGUGUUUCCUUCUGCUGAGAAAAGCCCCCACGCCCACCCAUGUCCUGGAUCUUGGCAUGGGAACUCUUUUAUUUUUGUACUGAGAGAUAUUUAUUGGCCAGGAGCUGCACCAGGCAGCACUCAGCCCUGCCCCGACAGCAGCACGGUGCCCCCAGACCCACGUUGGCCCCACACCGGAUCAGAUGGGACAGAAGCAGAGUGAGCACCAGGGGGGUCUCCGCUUACAGGACAGCAGUGGGAGAAUCAGCCCAGGGUACCUGCAUGGGGCUGAGACCCCCACGCACAGCUCCCACCUUUGCCAAGUGCUCUGGCAGUGGUGGGGAUGGGAGCUGUGGCUGUGGGGUCGCUACCGGGGACUGCAGCAGUGCUGCCUCAGCCCCACGUACACACUAUGUAUGUUCACAUAAAGGACCUUUCAGCAGUCUCCCUGCUACGUCUGCAUCAUUCAGGGGGGUGCAGCCCCAUCCUGCCCCCCUGAGCACUGACUGAGCUCAGAGCAUAGAUGAGGGCUCAGUGAUGCCCAGCUCCACAGCGCUACCCAUCUUACCGUGGGCCACCCCUGUCCCCCUCGACCCUAUUGCCACUAGAGGUCCUCCACAGCCUGGUGACAUUGCACAGCAUCCCCAUCCACGGCAGACAGGAGCGACAUUGUGCCCUGGUGGAUCCCCAGCAGACCCUGCAGCAUCCACCCCUCAGACACCCUGCAGGCCUGCUCCCUCCCCUCCCCCAUUCAUAAGGCAUUUGCUAAUUAACACUGAUUAAAACAUGUGAUGCAGCUGGCACUUCCUCCAA